AUGAAUGUGUCCAGUAUACGGGGUAAAGAAAGAAAGAGUAGAAGAACUCACAAAAACUCUAGAGAUGGAUGCCCAAAUUGUAAACAAAAGAGAAUAAAAUGCUCAGAAGAACUACCCGCAUGCCAUAACUGCAUUAAAAAGAAUUAUCAUUGUGGAUACCUUGACUAUAGUGAAGACAAGUUGGAGAAAUUAAGGAAAAAGAAUCAAGACAAGCUGAAGUCGAUCACUAAAGGUCAAGAGGUAAAUAGUACCUCGGAACCUUUUCCCAACAAUGCACUGGCGAACAAUCUCGCCCAUUCCGAUGAUGGUAGUGCCAGUACCACCUCCCAAGGAGUUGGUCGUAACCAUAAUCAACCACUUCACCUGCUUCCACCACCAACUCAAGGGUUGAAUCUGCAAUUUGAGAACGCCAGAGGAACGGUUUUAUUUAUCAACGAUGGAUCAAGUGCAACUGGGCAUAAUCAUCACAUGGACGUUGACUCCAAGAACACAACUGGUUUCCCUAACCCCUACCAGAAUCAAGCAUCCCUUUUGAACCCACAUUCGUCAGAUAUUGUUAAUGGAAAUAACUUUGUAAUUACUCCACCAUUUGCCGGCCAACCAAUGUCGAUGGAUUCGUCUCCAUAUUCUGACUCCCCCAACAAUGUGGACGAAUUGUUUUCUAGUUACUUUCCGACUUUUGUUCCCAACCAAACAGUGAAUUCAAUAACGCCGCCAAAUAUCUUUGAAUACGCCGUAGAUAGCGAUUACGACUAUUUCAAUAACGCUCCACUUGGAAAUGAAGAUUUAAAUUUGGCAGUGUUUACAGAUUCGAUACGAAAGCUUUCCCAAUUCGGCCCCAAUGUAUUCAUGUCGACUGAAAAUGUAGGGCUAGGAAACCCCGAUUUGAGUCUAAUAAACCAAUCGGACCUAAAACGACAGUUGGCUGAAGUUGAUGCAGAAAAGACCAAAACGUUACUAUACCCAGAGACUGGGGCUAUGGGAGAAAAUGAGCAAUAUUUAUCGAUUUCACCUCAAAAUCAUGACCACGAUAGUUCUGAUUACGCAAAGUAUACCACUUCUGACCUGGAAAUUGAAGCGAAACAGGGUCCGGGUGAGUCCUUGCCAAACGCCAAAAUAUCUAACACUUCGUUCCAAGUGUUGAGACACCCGAAUCACAUUAAACUGUUGUUUACUCGAAAAGCCAUAAGUUUUCAGCCAGAUCCAAAUAUAUACACGUUGUCGUUGCAUCAACCUGAUUGGACGAGGAAAGAUAAUGAUAUUUUGUGGACAAUCACGCUAGGAGAGGCUUUGGUUUUGCAUCAUGCGUUCUUUUCAUUUUUUGUCGAUAGAGGGCUAUGCGUUAUCCUAAAAGUGUGCGACAAUUCGGUGAAAUCGAGUAGCAGUGUCUCUUGUUUUACACCUGAGAUACAGAAAAUUUUGACGAAAAAAUCCUACGCUUAUUUUGGUCGUAUCAUUAGAAACUUGAGAAUGUCUGUCAAUGAGGUCGAUGUGCAAACUACUACAAUUGGAUCAUGGUACGCUGGCUGGUCGCUGAUUCUCCACAAACGCGCAAAUGCGAAAGCCACAACGCUAUUUUACGGUGGUUCAGCAUCUCUUUUAUGGAAUUGUUUAAACAAUUGCAAACAUUUUGAUGACCUUGAUCCAAGACUAAGAUUCAUUUCCUACGCAGUCAGGAACCACACAUCUUGCGCCGUUAUCCCAGACUACAAGAUUGAUGUUAUUCAUGACAUGCGUGAAACAUCUAUAUUGUAUAAAAAAUUCGUGAAUUACAACACCAACUUGACAACUUCUAGCAAUGGAUAUAUAUUGAAAUACUAUUUGGACAUGGAAAAUUUUUUAAACUAUUUACUUGACGAUUUAUACCCCAGAUUUGUUUACAUCGACAACUUCUACAAAGAGAAAAAUGGCUUGAGUGGCAGCACCCUUGGUAUUCGAUAUUUCUCGCCAUCAUUGUUAUACGAGCUAAUAAAUAGAUGGCUCAGGAUUAUACCGAGUCACGCUCGGUCUAUUGGAAGAGAAAUGUCUCCACUCAAAAGAACAUUUUAUCUAUUCUAUAUUGCUGUUGGUAAAGCUUUGGCAAAUGUUUUUCCAAUCAUCCGAAGUGCAUUUUUGGUGGAUACUUGGGACACCUUGUAUCCUCAAAUUGAUUUCGAUUACCACCUAUUCAAGUAUUCAAGGGAAGAAGUAUCUGAUGAAUCUCAAUAUAAUUUUUUGUCAAAUUGUGCCUCGAAGUUGUUGCGAACUAUAAAGUUUUUUACUACUAGGCAACAAGUGAUUGCACACAUAUUGUCAACUGACUCGGUUCUUAAACCUGGAGAGAGCUUCAUUCAAGCGGUAGACCCUGUGCAUGAUGAAUCUCGAGAGUUGAUGAAAGAUAUAGCAUUCAUGGUUCCUGAGAAAAGAGAUUUUGGGGAAAUUAUGUUGAAUAGCUUCACUAUAAACACAAUCGUGAACAUCUACAACUAUCCGAAAUUGGUCAACUUCAGCAAGAACUUAUCCAAGGGGUCGAAGUCUAGAAAGAUUAUAGAGCGUGAGAAUCACAACCAGAAGGUGCGUAUUGCUGAAUACAGAGCAAAGUAUAAAAAUGCCAAAGCCGACGAAACCGCCAAAAAGGAGCAUCAAACAAAUGUAAACCAUGCCUAUGACUUUGAUUUCGAGAGGGGUAUGUUCUUAUUUGAUUACGCCGUGGAACCAAUAGUCGAACACCUUCUAAAAUAUUUAGACAAUCAAUCACCAAAGAAGGGCUUGACAAUUGAGGAGUUAAAAGGACAGAUUUUAAACUUUGAGUCGUCUCACAAAAACAUGUUUCGCAGCAUCGACAAUAAUGCGACAAAUUAG